UGGCUGCAGAGUACUAGUAUAGGGUAACGAAAUACGAAAAGUGUAAAAUACGUCAAUACGCGAUGGUGCUGCUGCUGCUGCUGGCGUCGACGUCGACGAAAAUCGGAGCAGACUUCAGAUACUUACAUUAGAUCCGGGGAGAGGCGUACUGUGGAACUGUCAUCAUCGUCCGGACGUCUCCUUCAGCGGGGAGAGCGGGAAGGCGACAAGUGCGUGAGCAUUGAUCCAACUGCCCUGCUGCCUUACAUAUGUGUCAAAAAUGACAGACUCCAAGUAUUUCACCACCACUAAAAAGGGAGAGAUAUUUGAAUUAAAGUCUGAGCUUAACAAUGACAAAAAAGAAAAGAAAAAAGAAGCUGUGAAGAAGGUAAUUGCUUCUAUGACUGUUGGUAAAGAUGUUUCAGCAUUAUUUCCUGAUGUAGUUAAUUGUAUGCAGACAGAUAAUUUAGAAUUGAAGAAAUUGGUUUAUCUUUACCUAAUGAACUAUGCAAAAAGUCAGCCAGACAUGGCAAUUAUGGCAGUCAACACGUUUGUAAAGGAGCUUGCAACAUCUCCGAUGAUAAAGGACUGCGAGGAUCCGAAUCCGCUGAUACGUGCACUAGCUGUGCGCACCAUGGGUUGCAUUCGCGUCGACAAAAUCACCGAGUAUCUCUGCGAGCCACUCAGAAAGUGCCUCAAGGACGAGGAUCCCUAUGUGAGAAAGACAGCUGCUGUCUGUGUGGCCAAGCUUUACGACAUCAAUGCUGGACUCGUCGAGGACCAAGGAUUCUUGGACCAGCUCAAGGAUCUGCUUUCGGACAGCAAUCCAAUGGUCGUGGCAAACGCGGUUGCUGCCCUAUCCGAAAUCAACGAAUCUAGUCCCAGUGGACAUCCUUUGGUUGAAAUGAACGCACAAACCAUCAAUAAACUUCUCACAGCUUUGAACGAGUGCACAGAAUGGGGCCAAGUAUUUAUUUUGGAUUCUCUUGCUAAUUAUUCACCUAAGGACGAUCGGGAGGCUCAGAGUAUAUGUGAGAGAAUCACUCCACGUUUGGCUCACGCCAAUGCUGCUGUCGUUCUAUCAGCAGUCAAAGUAUUGAUGAAACUUAUGGAGAUGCUGCAAGCCGAGUCUGAUUUCGUUGGAACUCUGACGAAGAAACUAGCACCACCACUAGUAACUCUUUUAAGCUCGGAGCCUGAGGUGCAGUAUGUCGCCCUCAGAAACAUAAAUCUGAUCGUUCAAAAGAGGCCGGAUAUUUUGAAGCAGGAAAUGAAAGUAUUUUUCGUGAAAUAUAACGAUCCGAUCUACGUUAAACUCGAAAAGCUGGACAUCAUGAUUAGACUAGCUUCACAGGCCAAUAUAGCCCAAGUCUUGUCUGAAUUGAAGGAGUACGCCACAGAAGUGGACGUGGAUUUUGUAAGAAAGGCCGUGCGAGCGAUCGGUCGCUGCGCCAUCAAAGUUGAGCCGUCAGCUGAGCGCUGCGUGUCGACGCUCCUUGACCUCAUCCAAACCAAGGUCAACUACGUCGUUCAGGAGGCAAUCGUAGUUAUCAAGGACAUUUUCCGCAAGUAUCCAAACAAGUACGAAAGUAUAAUCUCCACUUUGUGCGAAAACUUGGAUACGCUCGACGAACCCGAGGCGAGGGCUUCCAUGAUCUGGAUCAUUGGCGAGUACGCGGAGCGGAUAGACAAUGCUGAUGAGCUCCUCGAAAGUUUCCUGGAAGGCUUCCACGAUGAGAACACUCAGGUCCAGCUGCAGCUGCUCACUGCUAUCGUCAAGCUUUUCCUUAAAAGGCCGACCGACACGCAAGAGCUUGUACAACAGGUGCUGAGUCUUGCUACCCAAGAUUCAGAUAAUCCAGAUCUCAGGGAUCGUGGCUUCAUUUACUGGAGAUUGUUGAGUACCGAUCCUGCGGCGGCUAAGGAAGUCGUGCUUGCGGAGAAGCCGCUCAUCUCCGAGGAAACAGAUUUGUUGGAGCCCACACUACUGGACGAGCUCAUUUGUCACAUUUCCAGUUUGGCUUCGGUUUAUCACAAACCGCCCACAGCGUUUGUCGAAGGGAGAUCUGCGGGAGCCAGGAAGUCACUUCCCGCUAGGAGUAAUUCUAACGACGAAACAUCGCGAUCGCAGCCACAGGCCCAAGUUAUACCGGCGCAAGAUUCGCUCAUUGGCGACCUUCUCAGUAUGGAUAUUGGCGGUCCACCAAUCGUACCUCCGGCACCAGCCGCGUCAACUGGCUUGGGUCUGGAUCUAUUGAGUAGUGGUCUUGAUGGUAUUUUGGGAGGGGCUGCGGAAACGAGCGCACCGCAACCAUCCGUGUCACAGACCACCACGGGUUUGUUGGGUGAUAUUUUUGGUUUUACUCAAGGAACUACAUCAUAUGUGGCACCUAAAGUCAACUGGUUGCCAGCUGAAAAAGGAAAAGGCUUUGACAUCUGGGGAACGUUUGUAAGAAAAAAUGGUCAGAUUCAUAUGGAAAUGACAUUAACAAACAAAGCUAUGCAGCCAAUGGGUGGUUUUGCUAUUCAACUGAAUAAAAACAGUUUUGGUUUGACGCCUGCGGCACCACUUCAAGUUCCGGCGCCUCUGAAUUCUGGGCAAAGCAUAGAAACAAGUUUGAUUUUGUCAACUGCAGGGGCAGUACAACGCAUGGAUCCUUUGAACAAUCUUCAAGUCGCGAUUAAAAAUAAUAUCGAUGUCUUCUAUUUUGCUUGCAUAGUACCUAUGAAUGUUUACUUUGGUGAAGAUGGCCAGCUAGACAAAAGGGUGUUCCUUUCGACGUGGAAAGAUAUUCCCUCGCAGAAUGAAGUUCAGCAUACCUUGUCAGGUAUAAUGUUGACAAGUGACCAAGUGGUUUCAAAAAUGCAGCAGAACAAUGUUUUCACAAUUGCAAAACGAAAUGUUGAAGGACAAGAUAUGUUGUAUCAAUCACUGAAGCUUGUCAACAAUGUAUGGGUGCUAAUAGAAUUGAAGAUUCAGCCAGGAAACCCGGAUAUACUAGUAUCAUUAAAAUCAAGAUCUGUAGAAGUAGCCAAUGGAAUUUUCCAAGCCUACAAUGCUAUUUUGUAUUUAUAAAUUAUAACCAUUCCAUUAACAUCAGAUUCAUGUACAUUUGUUAAUUAUGACAAUUAUCUAGCAUUGGAGCCCAAUAAAGAUUUUUUUUUGAAAAUAUAUUUCAACAUGUUGCGCAAAACCUCGAUUUUAUUAUUUUAAAAAUUUU